AUUAAUGAAAUGUUUGGUAUUUUAUUUGUAUUUGCAGGCAACAUGCACAUCAUCCGCUGCUAUUUCACAAAACAGCACACGAGAUUACAGUUCCGUACAUACACAACAACCAGCUGGACCAAUCAGGGAAUACAAAAUCGAUCCGUAUAUCUUAUUAGAAGAUGAGCUAAAAUAUGUUUUCGAGGACAUUCGACAGGAAUUACAUCAAGGAACAAAUCAACAAGAACUCAUACAAAUUGCCGAAUAUUAUUUCGAUGGACAAGGCAAAGCUCUCCGUCCGAUGGUGACGAUGUUAAUGGGAAAAGCAAUUAAUUAUCACAUGCACAGAGAAAACAGUCCGCAGAUUGUAAACGCUCAGAGAAAAAUUGCCAUGAUAGCAGAAAUGAUCCAUUCAGCGAGUUUAAUUCAUGAUGAUGUCAUCGAUCAAUCGUUCUCCCGGCGGGGCAAACCGAGUGUAAAUGUCAUCUGGAAUCAUAAAAAAGUAACACAAGCUGGUGACUACGUACUUGCAAUAGCUUCCAUUAUGCUUUCGCGCCUUAAACAUGACGAGGUGACAUUAAUGCUCAGUCAGGUCUUGAACGACUUAGUACAAGGAGAAUUCAUGCAGCUGGGUGCAAAAGAAACUGAAAACGAAAGAUUUUCUCACUACUUCACAAAGACCUACAGAAAAACAGCAUCGCUGAUCGCAAAUAGUCUAAAAGCCGCCGCAACAAUAUCUGGAGCCGAUGCGCCGCUUGUUGAGACCGCAUUCCAAUACGGUAAAAAUCUAGGGCUCGCCUUCCAGUUCGUUGACGACCUUUUGGACUUUGUGUCAUCAUCAGAGACAAUGGGAAAACCAGCAGCAGCCGAUCUUAAAUUAGGGCUUGCUACCGCACCCGUUCUCUUUGCCUGCGAAAAGUACCCUGAAUUGAAUCCCAUGAUUAUGAGACGCUUCAAAGAGCCCGGAGAUGUCGAGAAAGCAUAUGAGCUGGUGCAUAAAUCGCAAGGUCUCGAGCAGACGCGCUUCCUUGCCCGCAAACACUGCCUCGAAGCCAUCAAAUUAGCAAACAAGUUAGCUGAAUCACCAUACCAAAAGGGCCUCACAGACAUCAUGGAUUUGGUACUGAAUCGAAUGAAAUAAGAAUCCAGAGUUGCCUUCUUAACGUACUAGCUGAGUGCAUGUACGAAAAUGUGUGCUUUCAUGCGUGUUUGUGUUUUUUAAGUGUGUUUGAAUUCUAUGGACAUGAAUGUUAUGUUGAGUGCUCGACUAGGUAACUUGACGAUCGAUUUAGAAUAAAACAGAAAAUUUACUUAUUUGCGAGCUCUUAAACAUGAAUAUAUUAAAAGAAUAUUUUAUAUCUGAAUUUUCUAAAUUGACCUACAUCCUUUCUUCCUAUUUACAUAACCCUGACCCCAAAUUCCUUAACAUCCCCGAAACUAGUACUACAACUACAUUGAAACCAUUGUACAGUACGAUGCAAUAAUGUAAUACCUACAUAACUUUAAUUGAAUUAAAAAAUUUGUGUAAAAAUAAGCUUAAAAAAUUAUUAUAAUUCUUAUUAUAAAAUUGUUCUGUUUUUCUUUUAUUCAAAUCAUUUUCUCGUUCUUUCUUUGAUACGUUUAUAAAACUUUAAUCGAUGUGAGAUGAGGAUUGAUUGAGUUUUAUUAAUAACUACUUGAAAUUGUGCAAUCAACUUUUUUUAUAUAUCUUAUUAUUAUUACUUCAUAUCUGCAUGUAAAUUGAAACUAUGAAUACACAUAUUUGACUAUUCAAUCCUGAAAUCACUCGAUAUAAAUGCUCAAAAUUAUUAUUAAAACUUUCGAAAAUUUCUGAUCAUGAAAAACUUAAAAUCGAGGAACGUAAUUAAAUUGCAGAAAAUAUCAAGAACUUAACGAUGUUCUUCUAAGUAAGAAUCGAUGGAACAUUAGUUUAUGUUUGUUGUAAAUAUGUUUUAUGUUAACUUUUAGUUUUUCUAACAUCGAUGCAUAUCAGAUUUUAAUACACUUUCUAUUUAAACGGUUCCUAUUCAAAAAAUCAAUCUUUAAUUUUUCCACACACCUUUCUUGUAGUUUAUGAAACAAUUUAUUGAAAGAAAUCAAGUCUUAUGUUAUCGUUUAGCUUAAAAAUGAAUCAUCAAAUCAAUCUUUAGCUCCUUGCUCACCUGGUGAAUUAUUCAAGUCAUAUAUAAAAAUAUAUUUGAUUGCAAAUCAAUCAAUGAAGAAGAACAACAACCGGCGGAUGCAAAAGAAAAUUUAAACUGCCUUUAAGGGAAUUAUAUUAUGUCUAUUAUUUAUUAGCUUUGUAAUUGAUUGCAACGUCUUAUUACGUAUAAAAACAUAAUGAAAAGAAAUGAAUAAAAGUUUUUUUGUUCUUAGCGUAAUUGAGAUCGGAAUGAAAAUUGUGUGAAUGUGAAAAAAAUGUAUAAAAUAAUCCGCGUGAUAGCGUGAUGAGUGUCUGCAGAUAAGAUCAUAUUAUAGAUGAAGAAAAAAAUUCACCUCCUUAUUAUUAAUCGUGAGUGAGAGACUUAAAAAUAGUUUUCUUUCCGAAUCUUUUCUUUUUGUUUCUUUUACUGUCUCCUUUCAUGAAUUUGUUGUGUAUAUUAAACAAAGUCGUAAAAAAAUUAUGAACCAUUAAUACAAGGAGACGUUCGUUCAUUGAAGAAAAAGAAAAUUCGUUUCUAUCUAAUUGAUUUUUUAAUAAAAGAGGAAAAGAAAAAAAAACAGAAAAUGAAGAAAUAAUUAAAUUUUCUUUUUAAUUCGAACAACAUAAAUUCGAUGAUAAGCAAAGAGAGAAACUGAUGUACGCAUAAAUGAAAAGAUUCAUAUAUUAUGCAAUUAUAAACAAGAACAAUUUUUAUAAGAAAAUAAAAAAGACAUUACAUUUUGUUAUCAAGCGAGAAUCAAGAUCAUUGUUGAAGAUUCGAUUGGAGAUUCUCGCUGAAUCAGAUGGCCAAUAAAAAACAAAAGAAAAAAUGUUGAAAAUAAAAAUUUGAUAACAGAA